AUGCUACAAUCAAUCAAUACAAAUCGUGGUGAACAACAGAAACCUGAUGAAACAAAACUUGACAAACGUCUAGAUGAUCUUGAAAAAACAAUUAAAGGUCUUGAUAAAUCAAUGGAUGAUGAAGAUAAAAAACGUAAACAACGACCAAUACCACCGCCACCAAUACCGCCAGCACAACCAGAUCAUAUAGAAUCUGAAGUAAAAAUUCCGAUAGAAAAACCACCUGCCAAACCUACUGAAAAGAAAGAACAUGUUGGUGCAAGUAGUCGAUGCGAGUGGCGAGAAUCUUCGCCAUCUAAAACUACAUUUGAAAUACGUCAAUUAUAUGAAAGUCUGCCUUUUAAUGAUGAAGAUGGUGGUGUAUGGAAACAAGGAUUUGAUAUUGAAUAUAAACCAACACAAUGGUCAUCAAAUGAUAAAUUAAAAGUAAUUCUUAUGCCACAUUCUCAUUGUGAUCCAGGUUGGCUUCAUACAUUUGAAGGAUAUUUCAAUCAAGCAACAAAACAAAUCAUCGAUACAGUGAUAACAAUUCUUGAUACAAACAAAAAAUAUAAAUUUAUCUGGGCUGAAAUGUCUUUUUUAAGUUUAUGGUGGGAUCAAGCAUCAUUAGAUCAACGUCGAUUAUUAAAAAAAGUUGUUCAUAAUAAACAAUUAGAAAUUGUUACUGGUGGUUGGGUGAUGAAUGACGAAGCUAACACACAUUAUUAUGCCAUGCUUGACCAACUUAUUGAAGGACAUCAAUUUAUUGAAAAUACUCUAGGUAACAUUACAGUUCAAAGUGGUUGGGCUAAUGAUCCAUUUGGUUAUUCCCCAACAAUGGCUUAUUUACUCCACGGUACUGGUAUGCAGUAUAUGGCCAUUCAAAGAGUUCAUUAUCAUAUAAAAAAAGCAUUAGCUAAAGAAAAACAAUUAGAAUUUGUUUGGCAACAAACUUGGGAUCGAGAUGCCUCAACCAGAAUUUUUACACAUGUUCUUCCGUUUUAUUCCUAUGAUGUUCCACAUACAUGUGGUCCUGAUCCAAAAGUUUGCUGUCAAUUCGAUUUUAAACGAGCAGCUCGUUCGACUGUCAAUUGUCCAUGGGGAAUCGAUCCUGUACAAAUAACUGAGGAGAAUGUUCGAGAAAGAGCUGAAACAUUACUUGAUCAAUAUCGGAAAAAAUCUCAAUUAUAUAAAACAAAUGUUGUAUUUGUUCAAUUAGGUGAUGAUUUUCGUUAUACAACUAUGGAUGAAGCAAAAAAUCAAUUUGAAAAUUAUGAUCGAUUAUUUACAUAUAUGAAUAAACAAUCCGAAUGGAAUGUUGAUGCUCAAUUUGGUACAUUAAGUGAUUAUUUUGAAAAACUUUUACAACAAACACCUCAAACACAAUUUCCAAGUUAUAUGGGAGAUUUUUUUACAUAUGCUGAUCGAACUGAUCAUUAUUGGAGUGGUUAUUUUACUUCAAGAGCAUUUUUUAAGCGAAUGGAUCGAAUUGUUGAAUCUUAUCUUAGAGCGAGUGAAAUACUUUUUUCUUUGGCAAAUGUUAAAAUGCUUGAAGAAAAUAGUAAUAAGCAAUUUCCGAAAGAUGAUCUAUUUAAAGAAUUAGUUAAAGCACGAAGAAAUCUCGGUGUAUUUCAACAUCAUGAUGGUGUUACUGGUACAGCUAAAGAUCAUGUUGUUAAUGAUUAUGGACUAAAACUUCAAACAGCUAUAACAUCAUCACAGAAUGUAAUGGAACAAUCAGCUGCUUAUCUUAUUUAUCAAAAUAAUUAUACAUCUAAAAUUGAUCUAUUGUUAUCAAAUAUAGAAUUUAAAACAUUUGAAUCACUACCAACAAGAAAAGUUCUUUCAUUAAAUAAUCAACAACAACCAUCUAAAAGUAUUUAUGUUUAUAAUCCAACUGAUCAACGACGUACUCAAAUUGUUAAAAUUGUUAUCGAUACAUAUCAAGUGUAUGUAACUAGUAAUAAACAAAUAAUAAAAUCCUGUCAAAUUGAUCCCAAAUGGACAGGAAGAAAAUCAAAUAUGAUAGAAAAAAGUCUCUUUGAACUUCUUAUUCUUGUUGAUAUAGAAUCCUAUUCUUUAAAAGAAUAUACAAUUCAUACAAGUAAAACUCAAGAAUCAUGUCCGUUAACAACUAUUGAAUAUCUAAAUGAAAAAGAAAAAUCUAUGGAUACAUCUGGACCGUUUAAAUUUGAAUUAAAUACUCAAGAAACUAUUCAAUUAAAUAAUCAAUUUCUUUCAAUAAAAUUUUCGAAAAAUGGCACAUUGAAUAAUAUCGAAUAUUUAAAAACGAAUAAAAAAUUAUCCUUUCAAACAAAUGUUAUUCAUUAUGGUACAACAAAACAAGCCGAUCAUAAUAGUGGAGCAUAUUUAUUUUUACCUGAUGGAGAAGCAAAAAAUAUUCCCCCUGGUCCUCAUGAUCUUAUACGUAUUCAACGUGGUCCAUUAAUAAGUCGAGUUGAUAUUCUACAUGAAAUCUAUGGAUUACAAUAUAAAUUAACAAAUAUAAAUGGUUCGGAUGAUCAUGUUGUUAAACUUAAUGCGAUAACUCAUUUAAAUAUGAAUAAUGAUAUUGAAUUAGCAUUGAGAUUUACAACUGGAAUUGAGAAUGGAAAUGAAUUUUUCACAGAUCUUAAUGGAUUUCAGACAAUUCGACGAAAAACUUACAGUAAAUUACCAUUACAAGGUAAUGUUUAUCCAAUGCCAGCUAUGGCUUAUAUUGAAGAUGCUCAGAUGAGAUUUACAAUUGUAUCUGGUCAACCAUCUGGUGUAGCUUCUUUAAAAUCUGGUGUUGUCGAUGUUUUUCUCGAUCGACGUUUACUACAAGAUGAUAAUCGUGGUUUAGGACAAGGUGUAACAGAUAAUCGAGAAAUUAUCAGUAGUUUUAAACUAAUAUUUGAACCACGUCAUACUGUUGACCGAACAUCAUUAACAGGUUAUCCAACACUUUUAGCCCAUCAUCAUUCAACUGAACUUCUAUAUCCUAUGCAUAUCUUGCAAGUAAUGUCCAAAUUAAAUACUCAACGAAAUGAACUUAAUUUAUUUCCGAAAUCAAAUUUAUUUCCAAGUGAUUAUCAUUUAGUUAAUUUACGUACAUUAAAUGAAAAUCGUGAUGAUUCAAAAUAUGGUUCAUCAAAAAAUAUGGCAUUAAUUUUACGAAGAUUUGCUUAUGAUUGUGAUGGAAAUUAUGAUAAUUUAUUUCAUUUUGAUAAACCGACAUUUGAAGAUUUUUUUCAAGCAAAUCAAAUACAAUCUGUUGAACAGACAUCAUUAUCAUUGCGACAUGUACAAAAUCAAUUAACUGUGACAUCAAAAAUUGAUGUGCCAAUAGCUGAGAUUAUGACUUUUAAAUUAAAAAUGAAAUAA